GGUUGGUGAGCGGGGUUGGCAGCGAAAGCACAAGACCUAUAUGACUCCCAUGUCUCGAAGAGAGAGAGAGCGAGAGAGAGAUGGCGCGAGCGAUGAUGGCCAAGGGCUUGCCGACGACCUCCGGCGCCGCCUCGUCACCGGCGAUCUCUAGUUCCCGGAAGCCGGAGACCUUGUUCGCUUCCAUCGGGCUCCGGUCAUUGCCGAUGCGUGGAAAUCAUGCUUCUCUGAGAGUUGGAGGUAAGAGGAUUGGUGGGUUUUGUGCUCCGACGGCGCUUAGGGUUUCGGCCUCGAUCGCGACCACCUCCGAGAAGGCUUCGGCCGUGUCGGAGAUCGUGCUGCAGCCGAUCAAGGAGAUCAGCGGGACGAUGAAGCUUCCCGGAUCUAAGUCUCUGUCUAAUCGGAUCUUGCUCCUCGCUGCCCUUUCUGAGGGAACUACUAUUGUGGAAAAUUUAUUGAACAGUGAUGAUAUUUUCUAUAUGCUUGCGGCUCUUCGAACUCUUGGACUUUCUGUGGAAGAAGAUAGUGCAUCAAAGAAAGCAACAGUUGUGGGUUGUGGCAGCCAAUUCCCUGUGGGAAAGGAUACCAAAGAAGAGGUCCAACUUUUCUUAGGAAAUGCUGGAACAGCCAUGCGUCCGCUGACUGCUGCUGUUGUUGCUGCCGGUGGAAAUGCUAGUUACAUACUUGAUGGUGUACCAAGAAUGAGGGAGAGGCCUAUUGGUGAUUUGGUUGAUGGCCUGAAGCAGCUUGGGGCUGAUGUUGACUGUUUCUUGGGCACAAACUGCCCUCCUGUUCGAAUUAUUGGAAAAGGGGGUCUUCCAGGAGGAAAGGUGAGUUAUUUGUAAAAACUCUCUGGGUCCAUCAGCAGUCAGUAUUUGAUCGCGUUGCUGAUGGCAGCUCCCUUGGCUUUAGGAGAUGUGGAGAUUGAGAUAAUUGAUAAGUUGAUUUCUGUUCCAUACGUUGAAAUGACUUUGAAAUUGAUGGAGCGAUUUGGAGUUAAGGCAGAGCAUUCUGAUUCUUGGGACAAGUUUAUUGUCAAGGGUGGUCAAAAAUACAAAUCGCCAGGGAAGGCUUUUGUUGAAGGUGAUGCAUCCAGUGCCAGCUACUUCCUGGCUGGUGCGGCUGUUACUGGUGGUACAGUGACUGUGGAAGGUUGCGGUACAAGCAGUUUACAGGGUGAUGUAAGAUUCGCAGAAGUUCUUGAGAAAAUGGGAGCAAAGGUCACAUGGACUGAGACCAGUGUCACUGUGACUGGUCCACCUCUAGAUCCAUCAAAAAAGAAACGCCUGCGUGCCAUCGAUGUUAACAUGAACAAAAUGCCUGAUGUUGCCAUGACUCUAGCUGUGGUAGCAUUAUUUGCUGAUGGGCCAACUGCAAUCAGAGAUGUUGCUUCCUGGCGAGUCAAAGAAACCGAGAGGAUGAUUGCCAUUUGCACAGAACUGAGAAAGUUGGGAGCAACAGUGGAAGAAGGGCCGGACUACUGUGUCAUCACUCCACCGGAGAAACUGAACAUAACAUCUAUUGACACUUACGAUGAUCACAGAAUGGCAAUGUCAUUUUCUCUGGCCGCCUGUUCUGAUGUUCCUGUCACCAUUAAUGACCCAGGAUGCACUCGCAAGACCUUCCCUGACUACUUUGAGGUCCUGCAACAGUUAACAAAACAUUAGGCUACUGGUGCUUUGCAGGAAAGGAAGGGGGAGAAACCGGGCGUGGCCUUUUCGGCUUUAUCUUAGUUAUGUCUGAGAGAUUAUUCUUAUUUUGUUGUACAAUAAGAAAUAAUGUGUCAUGUUAUUGUUUUCUGAUGAUUCUGAGUUAGCCCCUCUUAAUUACCAAGUUUGAGAGAGGGUAACUACUCUUUCGUAGGGCUUUUCUUCAUUGCCUUGUAUGCAAGUUGAUUGAAAAUUGUAUGUGUAUACACUUUACAAGGCACCAAAUAUUUGCACAUGCAAUUAAUAUAUGGAUCGAGUUUUAAAAA